GAAGGAAAAACACUAAAUACCAAUAAUUACAGUAUAGUAUAUUUACUAAAGAUAUUUUAUACAAUAUGGGCAAACUAUUUGCAAGAACUAGCUCUUAACUAUGCCAAAGUUAACUUUUUGUAUCAAUUCGAUUAAAAAGGAUUUCUCAAAUUACUCCAGUAACAUUUGGUAAAUGAUAGAUGCAUGCAUAUAAAAUAAAUAACUGUCCAAUAAACGAACUAAUUCCAGUAUAUUUGAAUGCUAGCCGUUGCGCCAGAAACGCAUUUUUAGAUUCCACUUGGCCCCGAAAUUUUUGGCUUAAUGGAAACCACUUGACUUACAUAAACAAACAGGCGUUCAGGAAUAGAAACAUUUCGAUAACUAAUUUCAGUUCCUUCCGAUUAAUGUUCAGUUUGUGAUGCGUUUCUAACGCUGCAUAAUGAAACGUGUAUCGUUUUACGUACUUUCAGUUAUAAUUCUCGUAAUCUCUUCGCCAGUUUCGGGAAGACGUCUUACCGUAACUUCUAAGAUUGGUCAAGACCCUGACCUCUCACACUUCUACUGCACGAUAGAGAAAAACGUGAUAAUCACUUCGUAUUUGGCUUACUCUGAAGUGACAGUUUUUGCACCUGUGAAUUCAGCAUUCGCCAAUCGUACCACCGCUGACGAUUCCGACGAUGUUCUUUUCUAUCAUUUCGGUUGGCACUCGAAGAACGUUGGAGAACUCAAUUCCGAAUUUGUGUACACCAUCUCCGACAAACAUCCGCCGCUUUGGAUUACCAACCAGGAGAGAGCUGUUUUCGUAAACAACGCAAAAAUUGUUAUGGGGAAGUCGAAUUAUAUGGCUACAGCCCGAAAUGGGGCCACUCAAGUGUUACACGUCGUGGAUGACGUUUUGGAUCCUGUGGUGAGAGGCACCUCCUUGCUUUCGAAACCACCUAAAGCUAGCGAUUUUUUUGAAAAAAACGUUCUAUGGAAUAUUGGACCUCACAAAGUUGAUCUGUUUUGGGAGAAAGUGGUUCUUCUCCGGAAGGAGUCUUUGUAUAGAGUCGAUCGAUCUGGAACAUUUUUUGUUCCUGUAGAUGACGGAUUUACAGAACAUCGUUUACAAAUGUUGGACGCGGACGUGAUAGAUGCCCACAUUAUUCCGAAUUAUGUUUUCUUCACUCGUCCCACGCCCAAAAACUUCCCCUUUGAAACCCUUGCCGAUGGUAAAAUGCUUUUCGUCUUAAUCUAUUUCAUGGAGCAAGGUGGAAAGAUUUUCGUCAAAGCAAAUACUGUUGUUGGAAAUUCAAAGCAUCCCAUUGGAGAAAUGAUCGUAGAGGUGGUCAAGCCGAACAUCCCCGUUAGGAAUGGAGUUGUACAUUUGAUUAAACGCCCUUUGGUGGUUUCUGACAAAAGAUUGUCCUUCUUCCCUUAUCUCCCGGUCAUUCAUAAACUCACUAGCGAUCCGUUCCUUGACAUUUCGUUCACGCUAUUUGAAAAAACGAGGCUUCUCCAGUACUUGGACGUCGACCAGCAAGAUCAGAAGUUUACCCUUUUUGUACCCAGAGAUCGUGCUUGGAGGGGGUUGAUCACGUCCUCAACUGAUCUGUCCGGAAACCUGUUUCAUAAAAUGAAAAAUGUAAUGGGAAGGCACAUCGUGGUGUCUAAUCUGGAAUAUUCGAUGGAGAGAUUGAAAAGCCUUUCUCAGUCCGAAAAUAGGACUGACAUUGACCUGAUGAGCAUGUCCGGAGAUGAAAUAAUUAGCAUUCGUAAAGAAAGGAACAAUUACUACAUCAUUAGAGGUGAAAUAAAUAUUAAAGUGUAUAGGGCAGAUUACGAGUGCACCAAUGGUAUUAUACACAUCAUCGAUCAUCCAUUUAUUGACCUUAACGAAGAGCUUAUUUAAUACCACAUUAAUAAUAAUGUUAAAAUUAAGAAAUUAUAUUAAUCCAAUAAAGAGUUUUGGGUAAUUCA